AUGGAUCCUAUCGUUGCGCAAAGUCCGAUAAACAGUUCGAUUCUUACUCCAUUAGUAGGGUUCCAAACCGAUGCUGGUGGAUUAUCAAGCUCAUUAUUGUCUCGCGAUAAUGGUGUACUUUAUGGGGACACCAGGUCAAGGAUAAAUCCAAUCCAGUUUCCUGGUUUCCAGGCUUCACAAUCUAAUCUGCAGUCUAACUUUUUAGCAACAUAUGAUGAUUUUGGAUUUAAUCUGGAUUCAUCUUUGUUGCCUUCCGGAAUUCCUAUAGUCCCUCAAUGUGGACUUGUCAAUCAGAGUCGAUUGUGGACUCGAAUGCCUACGCCCACAUCUUUUGCAAGUCAAGUUAUUCCCUUGCAACAACAGUACAGAAGAAGUUCCAUAAAUGCCUCGUCUGAAUCUUCGUGGGAUAGAGGAAGCUCCAUGGGUCAUGCACAACGAGAAAGAUUAAAUCCUUUGGCCGAGACUAGAAGGCCACAAAAUACUGCUGGUGUUUGUUUUCCAGGGAGUGGUCAACCUGUGGGAAUCAUAUCUUUGCAAGCAGAAGGUACCAGCGAUGGAGUCACUAACAGUUUUCUUUCGCCAUCGAGUUUCCAGCCAGCUGGGCAAGCACCGUCUUCUCAUAACGUUAGCUCUACUGCUGGGAUUAACUCAAUAGCUGAGAUACUUACUUACCCAAACCCAAUAGUCAACCCUAUCCUGUUCCCGUAUGCUGCUGCUGGUAUUUUCUCUACAAAUGGUGUUCAACCUACUGAGCCUACCGCCCGAACCAUAGAAGGCCCGCAUCAGCGUGGAGUACCAGCUCAAGUGCCUACUGUUUCUCCAAGUCGUGAUUACUCGAUUGGCGAGGCUACUCCAGCACCAAGACAUGGUGUUGGGUCCCCCGGUGUUGUUUCUCAUCCACGUUUGAAAAGAAAAGCAACCGUAAACACUUCACAUGAACGCUUGCUUCAACGCAGGAAGAAAACACAUCAACCUGAUAAAUUGGCAGCCGGCAAAUGGCUAAGUUAUCUUGACAAAUUGGCAACCAGCAAAAGGCCGAGUUCUCCUGCUACUCGAGCUCCUAUAACCGCAACUAAUCGAAUUCCACCAGAAGCCCCUUUUCAUAUAAGAUGGGAAGGUUGUGAUGAACAUCUCGAGUCAAGUGGGCAUAAGUGCUUCCUUUGCAAGAGGGAUAUCUCGUUUACAGCCGAUGGCCGAAUGUACCAGCCUCCGAUCCCACCGGCUUCUGCAGUUCUACCUUGUGGCCACACUUUUCAUGACGGUUGUUUGCAGAACAUUUCUACCCAAGACUGUUGGAAAGAUCCUCCUUGCAUUCCUUGUGCUCUUGGCGAAACAUGA